UACUCCCACUUCCACGAAAAAUAGCGCAAGUCUUUUAGCGUUCCGAGUUCCGAGUUGUCCAGUCGCCCCCCUGCUUUAAAACUGCACAGUUUUGCACAUCGGUUUUCGACCCAUUUUAGUUUUCAUUUUCACAUCUUUAUUGUUACUAUUAAACAAAAUAAUGGAAGCUAAACAACGUGUUUGCAUUAUUGGAUCAGGAAAUUGGGGCUCAGCUAUUGCUAAGAUAGUUGGAAAUAAUGCCAAUAAGCUUAAUAAAUUUGAGGAUCGUGUUACAAUGUACGUUUAUGAAGAAAUUAUUAACGGAAAAAAACUGACGGAGAUUAUUAACGAAACACACGAAAAUGUAAAAUAUCUUCCAGGACAUAAACUUCCGCCAAAUGUGGUUGCAGUUCCUGAUGUGGUAGAAGCUGCUAAAGAUGCUGAUAUUCUUAUUUUCGUAAUACCGCAUCAAUUUAUAAAUAAGAUAUGUAGUACGUUAUUAGGAAAGAUUAAACCUACAGCAGUGGGUCUCUCUUUGAUAAAGGGUUUUAAUCAAAAAGAGGGUGGCGGUAUUGAACUUAUUUCUCACAUUAUUUCAAAACAACUUCGUAUUCCCGUCUCGGUUUUAAUGGGGGCAAAUUUAGCUUCUGAGGUGGCUGAGGAGAUGUUUUGUGAAACUACUAUUGGUUGCAAGGAUAAAGGAAUGGCUCCUGUCCUAAGAGAUUUGAUACAAACAUCAUAUUUUAGAGUUGUGGUUGUUGAAGAUGUUGAUUCAGUUGAAUGUUGUGGAGCACUAAAGAAUAUAGUAGCUUGUGGUGCUGGUUUCGUUGAUGGUUUAGGAUUAGGUGAUAAUACAAAGGCUGCAGUGAUUAGAUUAGGCCUUAUGGAAAUGAUUAAAUUCGUAGAUUUGUUUUUCCCUGGUGGAAAACUGGCUACUUUCUUUGAAAGUUGUGGAGUUGCAGAUCUUAUUACUACAUGCUAUGGUGGCCGUAAUCGUAAAGUUUCAGAAGCUUUCGUGAAAACUGGCAAGACAAUCGAAGAAUUGGAAAAAGAAAUGUUGAAUGGACAAAAAUUGCAAGGUCCUUUUACUGCUGAAGAGGUAAAUUUCAUGUUAAAAGCUAGAAACAUGGAAAGCAGGUUUCCUCUUUUCACAGCUAUACACCGGAUUUGCAUUGGUGAGAUAAAGCCUACAGAACUAAUCGAUUGCAUACGUAAUCAUCCAGAACACAUGGAUGACGACGUUAAUACAUCAAUACUGCUGUGCCCUUCACCAAGAUGCCAUCUAUGAAGAUUGGAGGACAGAAGAGAAGAUAUUUAUACCUCAAAAACUGUUUAAUAAUAACUGAUGAGUUGGUGCAAAAUUAUUGAUAAUUUGCUACAAUAAUCAAAAUUGAUAUAGUAUUAAUUAUUUCUUUAAAUGUUAUGUUAGCAGUUGAGCAAUUCCUUUUUAUCAUGAUCUCUUUUUAUUUUACAAAUAAUUUAUUUGUACCGUGUCAAGAAAU